AUGGUAGCUUUGGAGAUCACCAGAUUGAAGAGGGAGCAAUGCAACCGCACAAAACACGAUUCUAACUUCUCCCGCUGGAAGAUUCUGAUUGGCCCUUGUGAUUGGAAAGACUAUUCCAAAGGAAAGGAAGGAUGCGGAAGAUACAGGAUUCAUAACCUUCCACAAAAAUCGGGUCCAGGAGUGUAUGAGCUUGGAAUAGGUGUGUCAGGUAGCGGUUUGGGGCGUGAAAUUUACAAGCUUGGCCCUGAUUCUCACUCCAUAGUUGUAGUUUACCUUGGACAAGCUGACAAUGUGAGAGCAAGGCUCCAGCGUUAUGGCAGAAGUGGGGCUCAUUUGGAUGAUUCUUCUCUCCAAAAGGGUCGCCCCUUGUUUCAGGAGAUUUUUUCACAUGGUUUCUCAAUUGUUUAUAGAUGGGCUCCUAUGCAAAAUAAGGAAGAUGCCCUGCGAACUGAAGCUCAGCUGCUCAGUACAUUUGAUUAUGCAUGGAACACAAGCAAUAAUGGUAUCCGGCGGCCUGAUGAUAUUCUUCAAAAGCUCCUCAAAAUUGCUUCAGGCACUAGAACAUUUUCAGAUAUGGCCAGAGCACUUUUACCUUUCAGUUUCACUCAGAAGCAAGUUGGUAUCCGAAUCAAAUCAAGCAAACUACCUCUGGCAGAUGACAAAUUAGAUGCAGCAGACAAUGGCAGCUAUAAUUUCCUAUCUCGAGUAUUCAGCUUUAACAGAUCACGUCCUAGGAUAGUUCAGGAGAUCACUGGCAUCAUUCAGGAUCAAGAGAGUGCUAAAAUUUGUGGAGUGGCAUUGGGUGAUGGUUCAAUUUGUAGAAGGCCUCCAGCUGAUAAAAGAGUGCGGUGUCCUCAGCACAAAGGAAUGAGAACAAAUGUGUCCACUGCCAAAGCAAGGGCACCUAAGUCAGAGAGCACUGUGGCCAAUGGAUACAGAUACCAAAAUGUCAGCCAUGAUUUAGAAGAUCCUUCACAAACAGAGAUUGAGAGUCCUGCUGAUGAGAGUAUCACAAAAGCCAAUAUAUGUGGAAUCAUAUUGAAUGAUGGUUCCACUUGUAGAAGACAACCAGUCAAAGGAAGAAAAAGGUGCCCUGAGCACAAAGGGAAGCGAAUUCGUGCAUCUAUUGGUGUAAAUCAGAAAUAAUUGGCAAUCGGUAAUGCAGGUUUCAGUAUAAUAUAGUUUUAGAAUCUGUUAAUGCUAAAAACAAGUGCCAUGGUUAAACCACAAAAUGUAUUAGUUCAAGCUUACACAGAAUCUUGUUACCAGCUAACGAUAUGGAUUUAGGUGGUAAGGUGCGAGUGGCAUAAGGGGAUGAGGGUGGCUGGCUCAUGGCAUUACAAAAUCUGAACACCAUAACUCAACAGCUUUCUAUGCACAAGACAACCAAGAAAUUUUAAGUAAUAAAAAAA